GUUGGAGGGAACAGUCCAGCUCCUCCGUGGCUGGCAGGUGCAAGGCCGGCCGCCCUCACUCAGCUCCAAACUCACCGGUGUCAUCUGCAUAGAAGAGUGUUGAUAAAUGCUUCAGAGUCAUCCGACUUGGCUGCGCACCUCGUUACGGCGUUUUCGAGGGGAACCCGACAGACUUAGGGUUCUCUGGGAAGCUUGUGGAGUCGGCGCAGGCCUUUCCUCUCUAUGGUGAAGAUGAAUCUGGACCCUGUGCAGGUGAUGAGCGGACAGGUCAAAGAGCUCAACGUGUCCCCUUCAUCCAACGGGGACAGCAGAGGAUCAUGGGAGGAGAAACAGGAGUUUGACAUGCAGGACCACCUGGGCCUCAGCACCAAGCCUAAAUCGGUGGCCGGGAGACGAGCCCGGAAGGUGGAGGGAGGCGUGUUCUUCCCGAAGCCGGAGAACGCGGUGACCAUCGCCGUCUCAUCCCGGGUCUUGUUCCGGACCGACCGGGAGCAGAAGGUGUUCGAGCAGAAAGGAGUGGAGGAAUACCUGAGAUACCAGAUCGAGCACGAGAAUGAGCCCUUCGCUCCGGGUCCGGCUUUCCCCUUCGUCAAGGCUCUGGAGGCGGUCAACGCCCGUCUGAGGGAUCUGUACCCGCAGAGCGAGGAGCUGUUCGACAUCGUGCUGGUGACAUACAAUCAUGCCCACGUGGGGAUCCGGCUCAUCAACACCAUCAACCAUCACAACCUGUUCAUUGAGAGGUUCUGCAUGACCGGAGGAAGCAGCCCCAUUGGCUACCUGAAGGCCUGGCACACCAACCUCUACCUGUCUGCGGACGCCGACAAGGUCAGGGAGGCUCUGGCUGAAGGCAUUGCGGCGGCCACCAUGUUCAUGCCAGAGAAGCUGACGGAGGUGUCUGAGACCCAGCUGAGGGUGGCGUUUGACGGCGACGCCGUCCUCUUCUCCGACGAGUCCGAACGCAUCUUCAAGGCCCACGGGCUGGACAAGUUCUUCGAGCACGAGCGGGAAAACGAGGACACGCUGCUGGAUCAUGGGCCCCUGAAAGGCUUUCUGGAAGCUUUGGGGAAGCUCCAGAAAAAGUUCUACGCUAAGGGCCACCGCCUGGACUGCCCCAUCCGGACCUUCCUGGUGACGGCCCGCAGCGCGGCGAGCUCGGGGAUCCGGGCGCUGAAGACGCUCCGGGCCUGGGGCCUGGAGAUCGACGAGGCGCUGUUCCUGGCGGGGGCGCCGAAGGGCCCCAUGCUGGAGAAGAUCCGGCCCCACAUCUACUUCGACGAUCAGAUGUUCCACGUGGAAGGGGCGGCGGAGAUGGGGACCAUCGCUGCUCACGUCCCUUACGGCAUCGCGCAGAAACACAACGCCAAGCGGAACACCAGCGGGGGGAAGUAGGAGAAGAAAGGACCGCCGAGCGAUGUUUGAGAAAACACCAAGAUGACAUUUUCACACACUUAACACUCACUUAACACAAUCAUAUUAGGAGUCGGGUCAAACAGGUCUGGAAACCGAAGUCACCUGAACGUUUCCUGUUUGACUUAAUGAGUUAAUGUGUUUUAAUAAACUCUUUCCUUGUCAGACUGCACUCUCCCUCAG